AUGGCUGUUGACCUCUACUCUGAAAGUUCUAACAUGGGUACUAGUCCUAGAAUUUCAUUUUCUCAUGAUUUUUGCCAAUCAGAUAAUAUAAUACCUGUUGAACAACACCCUCUCCGAUCAAACUCAACUGGUUUGAGUUCUGGUAUAGAUUUUGACUUCUGUGUUCGUGAGAGUUUCGAGCAAGAAUCUUCGUCUGCAGAUGAGCUUUUCUCUGAUGGGAAAAUUGUUCCUGCCGAAAUCAAGAAAAAGGUCACUCGCACAAAGCAAAUAGAUCAGUAUGUGUCUCAUCCACCGUUGCCACCGCCACGUAGUACGAGUGAUACUAGUACUACAAAGCAAGAGAGCUCCAAAGAGAGCUCCAAAGAAAGCAAGGGAUCGAGUAAUGAAGCCGAUGGGAAGCAAAGUUCUAAGUCCUUUUGGCGGUUCAAGCGAAGUAGCAGCUCUGGUAGUGGAUAUGGAAGGAGCUUAUGCCCUUUGCCACCACUUUUAUCAAGGAGCAAUUCAACCGGGUCUGUACCAAAUGCUAAGCGAGCCCCAUUAUCCAAUGAUGGUUCAAAUUCUAAGCAGAGUUCUCACAAACAUUCAUCAAUGAAAGCAUCACAAUCUUCAGCUUCAUCUAGUUACUUAAAGCCUCCAUUGAAGAAAGGUAGUCAUGGAUCUUAUGGAAAUGGUGUUCCGAUUAGUCCUGUUUUAAAUGUUCAUUCAGCGAAUUUAUUUGGAUUAGGAUCAAUGUUCUCGAGUGGCAAAGAUAAGAAUAAGAAAAAGUGA